UAACUUUCUCAUUAUUUCUGCUCAAGGAUACCAAGAACAUGGUGACAUAACUUUCUUAUUUAUAUCGAUCUGAGCAGGUUGUUUUUAAGAUGGUUGACUUAAAUCAGCAGAACAUAAUACAUAAAACUCUGCAUACAUUCGUAAUCCCUGACAAUGCAGUCUAAACAAGCUGCAUGAAUCAUAACAUCAUGCUUCUGUAUGACGUUCUGACAGUAUCCACAAAUAUUACAUAAGUAAUGAAUAGCCAAUAGCAAGUUCAGAACAAAUAUUAUAUUUAAAAUAUUUGCUUUAAACAUUGCGAACAUGUAAAUGCUUUAACAAAUAUUUUGCUGUCAUUGCAGCCAGGAACAGAGUUGAUUUAAAUGUUGUUUCUCCAGGCCAGUGAAAACAAUGCUGCACAUUAUACAUGACAAACAAUGUUUUAAAGUGAUCCGUCUGUUUCCUCUAAUGCUAAUGGACUCUGAAGAUGUUUUUUUCAGUCUAGAAGCUAAAGUUGCAUGACAUUACAUCUCUAUGUUUGAUGCCAGCCAAAUUUGGACUGAUUUAUGCAACCCUGAAUGCCUUCAAUGGGCCUUUAAAAGUUCUCUAAUUGGCCUUCUUGGCAUAUUGUGAUUUAAAAUGGGUCGUUCCCCAAAUUCAGUCCCUCCAUAACAAAUUCAUUUGUCUCUGUUUACGAAUGCGAAUAGCUCAGCAAUAAUAAUGAAAGUCAGCCCAGAGUACAUCGAUUGAGAAAGGCCAGUGGAUUCUGUUUAUAUGUGAUUCAUUAGAACAAGCUAAAACAGAAUCUAGAAACAAAAAUGCUAGAUGAAAGUUUGUGAAGAGCAAGUAAACGGCUCACAUUCCCUUAUCGUUCUCAUUGAGCUUGGCAGUGUUAAAGGUGUCUGCAUGUAGACUUGGUUUUCUGGUUUUCAAUGUAUGUUUUGAAUCGUUUGUGAUGCCUUUAUUGUUAUAUAAUACAUAACAAUGUAAAAUGAUGUAACAGCCUAUAACCUUAAAGUUGGUGGCAGUGAGUAGGUAGAAGCAACCAAUUUGAAUAUGCUCUUUGCGACCUAUUGAAACUCUGUAAAGCCACACCUCCGGGCUCCUCCCCUUUCCCCACCCACAGCUCAAGGGUAGAAUAGGUUCCACAUGGAGCCGUGUCAGUCUGCUCUGACCCUGCUUACACGCUGAUGCUUGCCUGAAUGCUGUAGGUUCCUGUAUGUGUAGGCGCUAUUAGCUGGGGUUUACAAUGGACAGCAAAAAGAAUGGAGCAGUUCCAGGAGAGCCAGUAAAGAAAGAUGAAAACUCCAGAAGGGGAAACUGGGGCAACCAGAUUGAGUUUGUCCUCACCAGUGUUGGCUACGCAGUGGGUCUGGGAAAUGUCUGGAGGUUUCCUUACCUCUGCUACAGGAAUGGAGGAGGUGCCUUCAUGUUCCCAUACUUCAUCAUGCUGGUGUUUUGUGGCAUCCCUCUGUUCUUCCUGGAGCUUUCCUUUGGGCAGUUUACCUCCCUCGGGUGCCUGGGAGUCUGGAAGGUCAGCCCCAUGUUUAAAGGUGUGGGGUAUGGAAUGAUGGUGGUCUCUACCUACAUUGGGAUUUACUACAAUGUGGUGAUAUGCAUUGCAUUUUAUUACUUCUUCAUGUCCAUGACAAACCUGCUGCCCUGGACGUACUGUAACAACCCCUGGAACACUCCUGACUGUGCUGGAGUGGUGGGCACUCCACGAGUGAACGCCACCUUUGCCAAUGUGUCUGCUGUCAUGUCAGGGGUGAAUGAGAUAGUCAACCGCACCAAAAGGACCAGUCCUAGUGAAGAGUACUGGAGGAAUUAUGUGCUGAAUAUCUCUGAUGGUAUUGGGAACUUCGGGGAGGUGCGUCUACCUAUCCUGGGCUGUCUAGCUGUAUCAUGGGUAGUUGUGUUCCUCUGCCUUAUUCGAGGAGUCAAGUCAUCAGGCAAGGUGGUGUAUUUCACAGCAACCUUCCCUUAUGUGGUGCUGACCAUUCUCUUCAUCAGAGGAAUCACUCUGGAAGGAGCCGUCAGUGGUAUCAAAUACUAUUUGACCCCUCAAUGGGAGAAAAUUCUAGAUGCCAAGGUAUGGGGGGAUGCUGCCUCUCAAAUUUUCUAUUCGCUGGGUUGCGCCUGGGGUGGGCUUAUUACCAUGGCAUCAUAUAACAAGUUCCACAAUAACUGUUUUAGAGACAGUAUCAUCAUCAGUGUAACAAACUGUGGUACAAGUGUGUACGCUGGCUUCGUUAUUUUCUCCAUCCUGGGAUUCAUGGCUAAUCAUCUGGGGGUGGACGUGUCAGAGGUGGCCGAUCAUGGGCCAGGCCUGGCGUUUGUGGCCUACCCGGAGGCCCUAACAUUGCUGCCCAUAUCACCACUCUGGUCCCUGCUGUUCUUCUUUAUGCUCAUUUUACUGGGCCUGGGUACUCAGUUCUGUCUACUGGAGACUCUGGUGACGGCUGUAGUAGAUGAGAUCGGAACUGACUGGAUUAUCAAAAAUAAGACCUAUGUCACACUGGGAGUCGCUAUAAUAGGAUUCCUCCUGGGAGUGCCUCUGACCACACAGGCAGGAAUAUACUGGCUGCUGCUUAUGGACAACUAUGCUGCCAGUUUCUCUCUGGUCAUCAUCUCUUGCAUCAUGUGCAUCUGUAUAAUGUAUGUCUACGGCCACAAGAACUAUUUUAAAGAUGUGGAGAUGAUGCUGGGCUUCCCUCCUCCGAUCUUCUUCAGGAUCUGCUGGAGAUACGUGUCGCCUUUCAUUAUUACUUUUAUUCUGAUUUUCACUGUGAUACAGUACAAGCCUAUUACCUACAAUGACUAUGUAUACCCCAGCUGGUCAUUGGUCAUUGGGUUUGCCAUGGCUUUGUCUUCAGUCAUCUGUAUACCCAUCUAUGCUCUGUUCAAGAUUGCUGUGUCUGAAGGAUCUACAUUUUUAGAGCGUUUGAAGAACUCUGUGAAACCUGACCCAGACUGGGGCCCUGCUCUCCAGGAGCACCGCAAGGGCCGAUACGCCACCACAGGCCCCGAGUCAGUGGAGGUGUGCCCUCUCAAAGAAGACCUGAAGGACGAGGGUAAAGAGAAACUCAAGGAGAAAGAGGAUGAGAUCGGUUUGACCAUCCCAGGAAGCAACGGCUCCACAUUAAACCCCUCACCAAGCGCAUAGAGGAGCCCCUCCCCACCCUCCCCCCAGGACGGUUCCCAUUCCCACACUGCGGGACAGGCCACUCUCGCUGGAGACCUUUACAUAUUGUAAGGGCUUUAUGAAAUCUAACCUCUAGAGAAAUUGGUUGUCAUCCAAAACCUUUUUCUUUUUGUUGACAUAAUUUAAUAUUGCAGUUUUUUUAAAAAGACAAGAAAAAAGACGUGUUCAUAUACAGGAGGUCUUUGCAUACACGCAGUGUGUAUAUAGCGCAUUGUACAAUAUUUUCACUCUGUGUUGAGUAGUCUGGAAAGGUGACUGUAGCGGCAGCAGGAGCUACAGUGGGACUUGGCUCGUGUGUAUAGUGGCGGCAGUGCUGGUCAGGUUUAAUAGCUGAGGACCAAAUAUUCUUUGUGGCAAUGUUGUAAAGGCACUGUUAAAUGGAGUGUUAUUUUCAGUUGCUGUAUUGUACCCUUUUUCUUGUUUGGGAACCAUCUCAUCCACAAGCCGAUAUGGUUUUUCAAUGGCCAUUGUUGGUGUCUGAAAGCAGGGUGGCUGAUGGUCAAUGUAAUGACAUAAUGCAUGUUAAAUGACCUUUUAACACCGUGAUAACUCAAAAUCCACCUAAAACUACGAAACAGAACUUGUAUAUUAUCCAUUGGCCGGUUGACAAAAGUGUUAGCGCCAAUAUUUACUGGAAAUCUAGUCAAGUAGACUGGCUGAUACCGAUAAACCAAUAAAUAAUAAAGCAUAGGCCAAGAGAAUAUCAACUUUAUUUCCAUUUAAGUGAGAGCACAAAUACAAAACGAAGGAUAUUUGGUCUUAAGCUCUUACUGACUGAGGUAUCUGGACCGAGGCAUAUAACUUCUCAAGCCCAUUCUCAGGGUUACACACAAUUUGCUUUUUCGCAAAACAUUUUCCAACACCUUGAGAUGAUUUAUUGCUGAUGUUGAGUGUUUGACAUGAAGGAGAGGGGUUUUCAUGUAGGAGCGUCCACAUGAAAUGCCAAAUCUGUCUAGUCUUCCGGGCAUCUCGAGCCGAGGCAUCUCCUGAGCGAGGGGAGCAUGUGUGCGAUAACCGAAGCAGCUAGUUCCUCUUUAGAUUCAGUACUGUAGUAUGCACACUAACCCCGCUCUACACGGAAAAAGAGGCAUGUUACCAAAAACAUGUGCACAGACCUUUGUGUUCUGAUUUAGUUGGUGUGUUUGUAUGCAUUUUUUGUUGUCUAUGUGUGUUGAGAGACUUGAACUGGUGUGUGUGUCAUUUAAAGGCAUCUGGCUAUGCUUAGUCAUGUCAUUGAACAUUUGAAUAAAGGGUAACUGCAUGUGGAACGAUCAGAAGUAAACAGCAUCAGUCAAAAAUCGCUUAGUUGGUGAAAUCGGAGAAGUCAACUUUUCUGGCCUAAUAUUUUAAAACAACAUUAAUAGCCUUGCUAGACGCAUAAAAGGCCAAACUAUCCAAUGCUCAUGGUAGAAACCAUAGCAUGUUACGUUAAUGUGGUGCAUUCUGUUUCGUUUUGGUUUUGUGGAGAGGGGAUAUAUUGGUAUGGAGAAUUUUGGUCAUAUUGUUGGUAUGGCUAGAUGCCGCAUAUCAUAUCAUUCCAGUGACGUUUCUAUAAGGCCCCUUAUGAUGCAUACGGUUGUUGUGGCACAUAUUCAUGAAGAGUCCUGGUUACACUGUGAAUUUGUCUGGGAUGUUGCCCGACGCCUUUUAACGGGGAGUCUGGCAACGCAGCUGCUAAUGUGCUGAUGCAUCACGUAUUGAGACUUCUGAUUAAACAGUGAAUCUUUGUAUAUAGUCAAGUCAAAAUAGUUUAUUUGGUAUUUCUCUCCUGUGUUGUGCGAGGAGGAAUGCAGUAUGUGACGUGCUCUGUCAUUUUGAGUCAGAACGAGGCAAAAAAAAUGCUUUGUUGCAUUGAUUUUGAUGAUACAAAGUCUCAGCUUAUUUGGGCUUUCAGAAAUUCGAACAUGUCAUUUUGACAUCAUAGAUCGCUAACGCUGCCUCACAUUUUAAAGGCAGCGCCGAGAGCGGGCGAACUGAUCAACUUUUUUUCUUUACUAGUUAUAGCGCAAAAACGAACGACGCUUACUAAAUUUUACGUCUAAUGUGAUCACGUUUCAUGUCGCAGAAAGAUGUGAAUUAAACAGCUCGUGAACAUUACCUGAUGUUACAUUUACCUCAGGAAAGUCAUUCAAUGUCCAAAAAAAGAAAACGUAGAAAAGAGCAUGUUAGUAAAAUUGUAAAUGUAUAACCGUAAACGCGUUAUAUUUCACUCAUUGAUGCCUUAAAGUAAGAUUGAAUAAAUCUCCGUGGUCUGUCAAAAAGGCUCUAUUAUGACAGCACCAUUUAAUUAAUUUUCCGCAUUGGAUCAUAAAUGACGUUUUUGAAAGUUUUGAUUUUUGAGAUUGUUCUUUCAAUGAAUAAAGUGCCAAAAUGAGUCAAAACGAUGGAGCAGGUCACAUAAAGAGUCAGUAUUCAAAAACUUGAUGGCAUAAUAGUCUACGUCAUUGUUAUUGUACAUUUUAUUAAUCUUUGCAUGAAGGUAUGAUCUAUAUAUAUAUAUAUUUUUAAGAUUUUAUCCAAAAAUAUACAAAACACAAUCUAACUAUUAAGAAGUAGGGAAAAAAGCGAGAAGAAUAAAAGUAACCCUGCUGCCUAACAGGAGGUAUCGGACACUCAGGGGAGUAGUUAGAGGUUCACUGGUCUUAGCACAACCAUACCUGCAGGUCACAAACUCUAGCUUUUCCUCUGUUAGACAGUUAGUGGAGUAGAUUAGAGCAGCAGUUUAGGCGACGUGAGACUAACAGCACUUUUAUUUACUGGUUCACUUUAGCUGGCUACGUGCGCAGUAGCUACAGUACGAUUAAUCGCUGUCGGAAAUGUGAAUGCACAAGAUUGAAGCCCUCUCAUUUUUCUGAUGUGUGGUCCUCAGAGCUUGAACGUGGCGUGAAGACCAUGUGUCUGUCUCUAUGUGAACAGACCUGGAUUUUGACCUUGACAUGCAGACUCUUUUUAACAAUAGACACGUCAUGCAUCAGUGCUGUUCUCGCACUGUUCCCCAUCUCUCUCCGUUGUACAGUAAUGUAAAAAAAAAAACAAAAAAAAAGACAAAAACUCAACUGUUGUGUAUGUUUGUGUUUUCUGUUUUUAUCAGGGUGGGUUGCUGUAGUGGGGUUUAUUUUUAGUUGUUUUUACUUCAUUUCAUAUUGUAACUUAGCUAAUGUUCUGUGUACAGAGUGUUCGGUGUAGUGGACGUUCAACUGCUGAGUCAAACCUAGUUCAUGUUAGUGUCACUAUAUUGAUGUCAUGUAAUUUUAAUCAGUAUGUAAUUAUCCGUUUGUGCCAUUUUAACAAGCAGAACCUACCUUUGUAAGAGAUUUUUCCUUUUUAUUUUUAUAGUACUAAAACUGUAUUUUACCAUCAAUUGUAAACAUUUUUAGCUAUGUUCAGUGACACUACAGUUUUUUUUUCUCAAACCAGCUGAUCUCAAAAUCAUUGCCAAACCAAGGCUUUUUACUGAAACUUGAAAAAAAACAAAACAGAAAUGCUUUUUACAUCAACAUCUGGUCAAACAAAAUGGAUUAUUGAUGAAGAAGGACACAGUCUAAAGCCAACAAUGUUAUAUCUUCUUCUCAGUAUUGUAAACAAGUGUAUUUGUAGUGCUGCAAACCCUUUAAGAACAUUUCCGUCGAUCUGUGAUCCAGUUUCAUGUAUUAUGCACAACGUAAAAAAGAAAGCACAUUUGAUCGCCUGGAAAGAAUGUUUUAACACGUAUACCGAUCUUUGAAUUUUUUGGAAAUGCAUUUAAAAUGAUCGAUAUUAUGUAACAUAAUUUUAUCUGGGUAUGUAAUGCUUCUGAAAAGAACGCUUUUAAAUUGGUUUCGCUCCUAAUUUGGCUAUUUCUUCACGUGAAUUUAAUUGUGACGGCGUACACCUUUUAAGGAAACGUGUCAGGGCUGUGUUUAGAACAAGCAAAACAGAAAAACUAUAAUUGUGGAAAAUAUAAACACAAAUACCUCUAGGUCCAAGAUGGAAAUGAGCACAGUUUUAUUGCUGUAUUAAUUAAAACUAUACACAGAAUCAGCAUAUCUCAGUUGAAACUGUGAAUUAUUUUGGUUAAUGUAAACAGCAUGAUGUAUUUUCGUGUUGUUACGGCACUUUAAACAUGUACGUGUUUGAAAGCAACAGAAAAUAAUGCAAAAAAUUACAUCUUUCUCUCCCGUGCCCUGCAUCCUGAAAGACUUUACAAUAUAGUGUGUAUGUGUGUGUGUACUUUUGUGCUCAUGGCAAUAUAAAAAACUGAAGUAGAAUGACAAGCACAAUGACAUGAGCUCAGUACUUUAUCAAACGUACAGUAUCUAACCAUGUGUCUUUUCAAUUUUAGGGCCAAACAGCAUUGAAAUUGUCUUAGUCAUGUCAGCUGUAAACUGUUCAAUUUGAAAUGGUAAAUAAAGUUUAUUUUAAAGAUCA